GUUUGGUAGGAAAAAGGUGGCGAUAGGUACCACCGCGAACGGCCCGCGGAGAUUCCCCGACGUGCAGCACGAUUGUUCCGUUAUGAGUGGCGGCCACAGUCGCCGGUCGAUCAGUGUCCGUGUGUAGGGCUGACCAACAAGUCGCUGCGGUUCGGUCGCCGAUGUUGUUGAACACGUCCAGUACAGUGCUAUGGCUUCGCGUAUAACGUCCGGUGCUCGGUUGUGCGUUCGCACCAGUAUCGACAAACUCGUGUGCAAUUUGUCCAGAAGCCGUCACCACAAUGCGGUGGAUACGGCUGCCGUCCGUCGGGGCUCGGACAGGAUUCUACAAUGUUACCAGAAACAGUCAAACCGAAUGAGAUCAGAUCACCAGAGGAAUCACUGUCGACGUUUUACUACUUUACAAGACACAGAUACAGAUUCACUGUCUUCUAUCGACCCAUACAGACUGUUAGAUGACGACCUCAGAGAUGUAUACACAGACAUCACACGGGAACUUGAACUGAACACUAAUCAAGAUGAGCUACGGACGAUAGCUACAUAUUACUUCGAUGGGCAAGGAAAAGCCCUUAGGCCUAUGGUGGCUAUCCUGAUGGCUCAUGCCAUAAAUUACCACAUGAACAAUAAUGGUUUGGACAAGAAACAAAGAGAAGUAGCUAUGAUUGCGGAAAUGAUUCAUUCUGCAUCCCUAAUUCACGAUGAUGUCAUUGAUCAAUCAGACUUUCGACGGGGAAAGCCGAGUGUAAACGCGCUUUGGAGUCACAAAAAAGUAGCCAUGGCUGGUGAUUAUAUAUUGGCAGUAACGUCUAUGAUGAUCGCCAGGCUUAACCACAAUGACGUCACAAUCACGCUUAGCCAAAUCAUCACUGACUUGGUUCAAGGAGAGUUCAUGCAGCUCGGCUCUAAGGAGACUGAGAACGAAAGAUUUGCUCACUAUUUAACGAAAACUUACAGAAAAACAGCCAGCCUCAUAGCCAAUUCAGUCAAAGCUGAAGCGAUGUUAGCUGGCGCCGACGACCAAUUGGUUGACGUAUCGUUCGAGUACGGCCGUAAUAUAGGCCUGGCGUUCCAGCUGGUCGAUGACCUGUUAGACUUCGUGUCCAGCAAAGAUGCCAUGGGCAAACCGACGGCAGCCGAUCUGAAACUGGGCUUGGCCACCGCUCCAGUAUUGUUCGCCUGCGAAAAGUACCCCGAGUUGAAUGCCAUGAUAAUGCGGCGGUUCCAAGAGCCAGGCGAUGCAGAACGUGCCUUCGAACUGGUACACAAGUCACAGGGUCUCGAACAGACGCGGUUCCUUGCCAAAAAACACUGUCUCGAGGCAACUCGUCUGGCCGGCAAGAUUGCCGAGUCACCGUAUCAAAAGUCUCUGUUGGUCGUACCCGACCUAAUAGUAAAUCGCAUGAAAUAGCCAAAUCCCCUUUGCUGCACAUUGCUUUAGGGUACACAGAUAAAUAAAUGUGUAUGCAAAUUUUUAGAUUCAAUUAAAAAAAAACGUAAUGGUGAACCAGUUAUUAUAAUAUAAAACUAGUCCCAAUUAUUCGAAAAAAAAUAUAUAAUCUAUAUUAUGCUAACGAUUUUAUUUAUAUCGUUUGAAGUUUAAAAUUGCCUUGAUUCAAAGGUACACUUAUUUUUGUUAUUAUAUUAUUUUAUUUUUAAUGUAUGUUUAUUAUUAGUAUUAAUUACAUACUUUUGUUUUUUUUUUUUUUAAUGCUAGUACUUAAAAACAACACUAUCAUAAUAUCAACAAUAAAGUAAUUUCUGUAUGAUACCGUUGUAAUGGUGAUCUACAUGAUUUUCAUCCCCAUACAAUUUUUAUUUUUAAUGUUUUAUUUUUUUUUUUGUGUUACCCAAGAAUUUUUUUGUUUACUUAAUAAUUUAAUGAACAAAUUAUAUAUAUACAACUAAUCAUAGUUUUCUGUACACUAUAAUCUAAUUUUAACAGCGCACAAAUUCAUUUUUAAUAAAAUAUAUUUCAAAAACUCACAUCUUGUAGCUUUUGAUUAGUAUGAUGUUAUAAUUAAGAUUAUGGUGUAUCACUUAAUUUUAUUUUAUGAAUAGAAUCAAGUAUAAUUUUUAUAUUAUUAAACAUAAAUAAAAUUCAGUAAAACUGACUAACAA